CUUCUUUUUCCUGGAAGCCUUCCCCUGCUUUCUCUUCCCUCUCGACCGCCUUCGGGCGGCUGACCAGACGGACCUCGGGCCGCUUCGAUAUUGGUCCUCGUUUGUCUUCUUUUUCCCUCGCUUCUUUGCUCAGUUUUUGGUCCACGUUUUCGCUUGCUUUGCGGUCUCUUUUCUUGCAUUCUCCGCUCCUUCUCUCUCGUCUUUCAAGGGGAAACAAGGUCGGCAGGAAGACGCGUCUUGGGCGUAGGUGCCUGCCUGUCUAUACAGCGCAGCCGAGCACCCUUUUCUUUCCGCUCUUUUCUUCCAACCUUUUUGUGUCAGCUGGUCUCCCUCGUCCCCUGAAUUUCGAGACAUGGCUGCGGAGGAAGAGACGAAAGAGGGCCGACGCGCAGACUCCGCAGUCAACGAGCUGGAGAGACACCCGUGCGAAGAAGCGCCUUCCUUUUUUUGCGAAAUUGUCGCGUCUCCCGACCUUGAGACUCCGCGGGGUCUCUCGGCGCUCGACGACCUCCUCAGUUCGGCGCCUGAAAGAUUGUCGCUGCUUGCCCAUGUCGCUCGGCACUCGCAACAGAAGGCUCUGCGCUCUCACCAGGCUCCGCAUGCAGUUUACGGCCCGGGUCUUCUCUCGAAUUGUCUGCCGCACCAGCGCCGGGUCUUCGCCCUCCACCAGCCGCUGCCUCCCCUGACGCUCCUCCCAGAGCCUUACCGGUAUCAGACGUUUUCUCUGAACCAGCUUUUGGAUGCGGACCUCACGCAGGCAGUCUCCUCCAGGCCCGAGGCGCGAGCCGACCAGGCACCCGUCUUCGCGGAGCUCGCGGGCGCCCAGAAAGACGCCUCGAGCGAGACGAAGAAGGUCGCGGGGAGCCUCGCCGCCUUCCUGCUUGCCGGACCUCCCGCGUCGGCCGUCGCGCCUCACCGUCUCCGCCAGCUGGACCGCAAGGCCUCCAGAGCAGCCUCGCAAGUCUCUGUCUCCCGCGUGAGUGAAUCGAGCCGCGGCCUCGCCGGCACGAAUGCAGAUGCCAGCGGUCAAAGCGCCGUCUCCUUCGCCCGCAGCCUCUCCGGCGUCUCCCGCCUCUCGGGCCCAGGUGUACAUACACCAGCCCCCGCCUACCCCGCAGUGUACGUACACCCGGGGCGCCUGGGUGUAUGUCCACCUCGCGGCGCGGGGGGGCCGCGCGGGCGUCUUCCGCGUGGUUUGGCGCCCACCGCGUUUCCCCAGGGUCAGGCCGCGGCCCAGGCGGGCAGCUUCCCGCGGCCUGCAGGUGCAGAGGACGGACGCAGCAGCAGCGUCUUGGCGCAGAAGUUCGCGACUGCGGAGAGUCGCCGCGCCGCCUCCGCCGUCGGCAGCGCAUGCAGCGCCCUGAGUGCCCCCCCCGGCGGACCUGCGCCUGCGGGGCUCGGGCCUGGAGGCAGUGGCGCGGAGCGACACCGCGAGGUGAAGGAGAAGAAGAAGCGAAAAGAAGAGAAGAAAGGAAAGAAGGAGAAGAAGAAACGCCGCACUGAGGGCGAGUGACGGGCAAGAGCGAAAAAAAGAAGAAGGAGAGAAGAAAAUGUAGGAGAGACGAAAAUGUAGGAGAGAACAGGAUGAAGGAGGGAGGGAAGAAGGAGCGAGAAGAAGAAGAGGUUCAAGUUUUUUCUAGAGAUUCUCGGAUUCUCUCGGUUGAGCUCUUUGGUAAUUCUGCGAGGCGAGACAGGCUGGGAGAAAUGUGCGAGAUGCGUUGUCCGGGGUCUCCUCUUUCGGAGCGUCAACGCAUUUGUUUGCGUUUCUCGUGCCUAUGAUUUCUUGCCUUCAAGUCUCGUUGUUUUUUCGUUCUCUCUUAUCGCCCUUCUGUCGAUUUAUUUCUGCUUCUGCGGCACGUAUGUCGACCCCCUUCCUUGUCGCCUUUCCAUCUGUCUCGUUUCUUCUCUUCUUCUUUUUACCUUUCCUCACUGUUCCUCUCUGUCUCCGUUCGCCCGACUUCUUCGUUUUCUGCCUGUCUGCCCUCUCCGUUUCUGUCCUUUCGUCUCUGUCCCCUUCAUUCCUUUCGUCUUUCUCCCUUUCUCUCCACUCUUCUCUCUCCGUGUCUUGCUUCUCUCCCAAUUUCCUUUUUCGUCUCCUGUUCUCGUCUUCCGGUGUUUCUCGGAGCCCCAGUGUGUACAGAUGUCUCCGUGUGGGGCUCCCCUAGAACGCGACCUUUGUUUCGCCACGGAUGAAAGUUUCACUUUUCAGUCUUCUUCACUUCUUCCAGUGUGU